GUGUAUAUAAACCCAACAAAACCCACCAUUUUCUUCUAAUUCAGAAAAUACCCAAGAAAACUAAGCCAGGAAAUAGACAAAGGAUUGAAUGGGGGAAAAGCCUAGUGCUGCAAUAACUGAGAGGGUCUAUGAAGAACUUGAACCAUCAACAGAGUGGGUAGAGGAGGAAGAUUGGUACACUCUUCUUGUCUAUGUGUCUGGUUUCAAAAUACAACAACUAAAGGUUGAACGGGAUAAUACAAAUCAGAACCUGAUCAUCAGUGGAGAACGCCCACUCGAUCAAGCUAAUAACAAAUGGAUUCAUUUUAAGAAACAAUUUCAGGUUUCAACAAACUGUGACACCGAGAAAAUCAGUGCAAGGUUCGAUCGUGACAUGCUUUACAUCAAACUACCAAAACUGAUCACUCGUGCAGCAAAACAAGAUCAAGAAAAGUCAAGCAGUGAAGCUCCAGAGCCCCAAAAACCCGAAAAUGAUAAGCCACAACCCCAAAAGAAUGAACAAGAACAAGUUGGUCAAAAAACUGCUUCAAUGGCUGAUACAAAUGGGACGUCUAAUGGGUCGCAGGACACUUCAAAAGAGGUUGCUGAUAAGGGAAAGGGAUCAGUGGAUCACAAAAUGUCCGAGGGCUUCUUGGAGGAGAAGUCUUAUCGAGGAUAUUCCAGGGCACCAAAAAAGGUGAAAAAUAGAGGUACAGGUACAUCUCAAGAUCAAAAUAUGGGUGAAGAUAAAAAAAUGCCAAGAAAUACAAGUGCAAACUACGAAAAUGGUUCGAUCAAUGAUGGCGCGAGGAGGGAGAGAGGAGACUCUGGAAAGAAGGAUUACGGUGACAGGGCAACACUAGAGGGUGCAAAACUAAGGAUGUCAAGGAGAAUGAUGAACAUGGUCCUGAUAAUUCUAUUGAGUUUUGUCCUUGGUUUGUACUUAACAAAUUUAAUUAGGUUUUGGAAGAAAGAUGAAAAUUGAGGUUCCCAAUAUACCAUGAUGAACAUUUCAUGCAUGGGGUAUAUGUAUAUGGGAUUUGAUUAAAUAAAAA